CCGACAUUCGGUAGUACACGACCGUAACGCGGAGUAACCGGCCGCAUCAGCAGCACCGAAGACGUCGACGACGACGACGACGACGACAACGACCAUCACGACGAAAACCACCGCGCGAUGACCGGCGCCGCCGCCGCUAGAUUUUUCACGGUCCAAUAAGACACCACGCAGCAGUCGUUGUAUUUUCGCAGCCACUGGCCACUGGCCACCUCCAUACCGCCGAGUCGACUUUGUUCCGAUCUUGCUGCAGCUCGACAUCGACUCGUCUCGUAUACCUAUAUGAGCGCCGAUCGAGGCAAAGGUCGACAAAUCCCCACGAUGGCCACCGCAGCCACAGAACCGUGCCGCCGGCGGCCGCCGAUGACGAACAGAACGACGCGGACGGUGGCGGCCGUCAUCGCGCUGGCCGCCGCCGUCGUCUGCGCGGCCGCUACCGGCGCGUCGGCCAUAACGACGAAACCGUCUGCGACGGCCGUCAUCAGGACCACUUUGCAGAUAUCGCCGCCGGCCGACGACAAGACAACGGCAAAGCCGGAAAACCGUCAACAAGUGCACCAGCCGUCGUUUGCCGCACGCUAUUGGCAGCAACGUGACAUCGGCAACGGACCGUCCUUGCUGCACGUCGAUGACGACGACUAUUCCGUACAGCAACCGCCGCACAAGCUCUCGGCUGUCCAGCAGACGCACAUACUCGACGACAUCCGUCGGCACAACCAGGAACAGCAGUGGUGGACGGCACCGGGAACGGCAUCGACGGUACCGUCGUCGACGGCGAACAUCCCGAUGGAGGACAGUGGCGACCAGCACCAAGAUUCGGCGGUCGACCAGCUGCAGCAGCUGUUGCAGAUCAACGGCGUGGCCGCAGACGAUGACGAUGCAGCCGCAGACAAUCCGGAAGACGACCGUCAUGGCAAACAGAGGUCUAUCGGCGGCGGAGGUGGUGCAGUUGUUGGUUGGCAACCACAGUCACCGCAGCAGUACAACAAUCACAACAGACAGCAGCAACCGUCCUUAUCGCCUCCGGUGACGACAGUUUCAUACAGCCAUCAGCACAGUCAGAAUCAGCAACAACAGCAGCAAUACUAUCCUACGACGUUAGCAGGCCCUACAAUACAACAACAACAACAGCACCACCAACAUUACGUCCAUCGUCCGCAGAAGCAGCAGCAGCAGCAGCAGCAGCAGCAGCAGAUCUUCGUAACGACGCCUCCGUCGUCCGUGGUUUCUACGACUUCCAUCAAUAAUCAGCAUCGGCACGUCCACCAGCACCAGCAGUACAUACCACUGCAGGGUGUGCAGCCGGUACAGCAACCACAACCGCAAUAUUACCCCCAACCACAGCCACCGGCGUUACAGGUUCCCGUGGCCGCCAACAUCGGAGACAGCGACAACGACGACCAGAGAGGUGGUGGUGGGUUGGACGCGGACAUCGAACAGCAGAUCCGUCAGCAAUUGACGGCGGUCGUGGGUGCCGGCGGUGGAAAUUAUACGGUACUCACUUCGGCAGGCGGCGAUGGCGGUGUUAACCAUAGGUUGACACAGCAUUUCACCGGAUCGGCGUCCAACGACAAUGCUCAGUACGUGAAGAUCGGCGGCGGUGGUUCCGGUACCGGAUCAUCACCGUCACGAAAUCGGUUACAGCAACAGCAAGAUACGAGUGCGAUAUUCGCGGGCGCAGCAUCGCCCAAUGUCGGUGGUACCGUCAACACGGCCAGCGGUGGCCGGAACACGAUCGUCAAAACGGUUGUGAUCCGACAGAAGCCGCAGCCCGCUGCCGCCCCACCGGCCGUCUCGCCGCCGGCAGCCCCUGUUAUGAGUGCGGCACCAUCGCAGCCCUGGACGGUUAGCGAACAGCAGCAACUAGAACAGCUAGCCCGGCAAGUGCUGCCACCCGGCGUCGCACAGUACGAAAUAAUUCGCGCCGGAGGCGUGGACGGCGGUGCCGCUGCCAAGAACGGCGGUGACGCAGCGACUGCGGCUACGGUCGACAGCGGCGCAGCGUAUGCAGAGCAACAAGCGGUUGCGGCUGGUGGCAAAAAGAAACCGGUGACGUUUGUCAUCCUGGAGGAACGACCGGACGGCACCGUGCGCGUGCGCGGGAUUGAGAAAAAGCAGCACGGAGGCGCCCCGUCCGACGGCAGUGACGCGGCGGCCGACGUGGCCGGCACGUCUGCGGUGGCCGACGACGAACAGCUCCAGCAGCUAGUGGACAAGCUGAACCGGGGCGAACUCAGGCUGCCCUCGGGUGGCUCACCAACACCGUCGUCCAAGACUAGUGCACAGGACAGCGCGGCGGUGGCCAGUACCACUGCCUCGACACCUCUUCCGGCGUACGUUUCGCCGUUCCCGUCUACCGUACAGCCUCAAUCAACGUUGGUGACCGGCGGUAUCGGCGUUAGCACCAACAAGCGCCGUGAACCAGCCCCGACGUCAUACUUUCCCACCAAGGCCCCACAAACCACUACCACCGCGCUACAUCAGCACCAAUACCAAAACUUUUUCCUCCCUACCGCCGUACCGACCGAAGCUGUAGCCGUUGCAACUACUACCGGACAACAACAGCAGCAACAGCAGAACAAGUAUCACCACCAUCAGCACCAACACCAGCAACAGCACCAACAGCAACAACAACAAUUUUAUACACCACCAACAAUUACCACGUCAGCGUCUUAUACUACACCGCUGGUAAAUUCAACUUUGUCAUACUUCAACAACAACAACAACAACAACAAUAACAACAAAGCCGUGAAAGAAGGCAUGUUUAGUGGGGCUCUUCGUCGCCGUGGCUACUACGCAAUGGCCAAAUACAUGCGACAAGCCGGUGUGGACGCUGUGCUCGAAGAGACCGGCCCGUUUACUGUAUUCGUACCGACGGACAAGGCAUUCAGAGCACUAUUAGUGCAGCUGGGCGGCCCCGAUCGUGCCGAAGACAAGUUCCGUGAAAACCCACGUUUGCUGAUCGGGCUUUUGUUGCAUCAUGUCGUGCCUGGAGCAUUUAGGGCGUCUGAUUUGAUGGCAGGAGACGAAAUGACCGGCGUCAGUUUAGCGGGCACACAACUUCGUGCGAAUUUGUACGCCCGACAGCUAUACGAUAACCGAUGGAACGACAUAGAAGUGCUUACUGUCAACGGUGCCCGAGUGUUGGACGACGUCAAUCCAACGGCGUCUUCCGCAGUUAACGAUGGCUCUACUUCCGACGACGGUAGCGCCGGGCCCACGCAGCAGCGUAGGGAUAUGGUGUUGUCGUCAAGCGGAAGUGGAGGAGGAAGCAAUCAACAACAGAUCAUGGCUAUUGGGCAUGCAGUUGACCGCGUAUUAUUCCCACUGCCGGUCGGUGACGUACUUGCCACCAUGAGAGCCGACAGGCAGCGAAGGUACAACGUAUUUUUGCGAGCUGUGGACGAGCACUGUUCGCCCACCGUGCGAUCGCUACUCACUGGUUCAAGAACUGUGACAGUGUUUGCGCCUGUAGACGAAGCUUUCCGCGUACGCCGUGGUUCGGGAAAUUAUAGCACGAGUAGCAGUAGUGGUUCAAUAAUCGAUUGGAUGCUUCACGAGGACACCAGUAGCAGGUUCAAAAAGCGAAAUCGUCGGCGGAUUGCUGACCGGUUCGUGCUCAGCCACGUGGUGUUGGCAGGACCAGGAGACCCUCCCAUGUACACAGCAGGAUUGAGAUUUUACCAGGUCAGGGAUACUGCGUAUCGGCUACCAGAAGCCGGCGAUUCUGCAGCUGCGGCGGAGGAGGACGACGAAGGUGCAGCGGAAGACUUCAACGGUGCUGUAGACGAUGGAAAUUUAACGGUUUCGCCGAAUGACGGCGAAAAAUCACGUUUUUAUCAGUUGACCGUGUACAAGGAUUCGGGCAGGAUACGGCUGAACGGUGGUGCCGCUCAAGUGUUGGUCCGUAACGUUCCGGCUACCAACGGCGUACUACAUGGAUUGGACGCACCACUAGUCUGACGACCUCUCGAAGAAUAAUGAUAGAAUAUUGUGAAAAUUAUGAUUUUCCGAAGACAACGGCUGUAGUGCAGGACACCUGCACGCAACGACGGUAGCCGCUAUCGCGUGCCCGUUUUUUAUUUAUUAAUUAUUAUUAUUUUAUAAUUUAUGUUUUAUAUAUAUACUUUUUUUACGUUUUCCGUUUUGUAUACACUAUUGCAGUAGGCUUCCUACACACUAUUACUGUAAUUUUUUUCAAGUGUAUUUCGUAUUAUACACAUUUUAAUAAUAUUUGAUAUUAAUGUAAUAUACACGCACUCGCCACAUGACGAGUGUCCAUGAAAUUAUUA